UAGUUGAAAGAAAACAGAGACAGCCAUGUUUACGAAGUCAAAGUCGAUCAUAUCAGUCAAAAAUUAUGUAAACAGUUGAAAGAAAACACGCAAUAUAGGAUAUUUUUUGUUAAAUUCAGGAGGAUGCCUAUUGAUUGCCCCAUACCCCAGCAUGUGACCGGGCUCUAUGUGUUUGCCGUCAUCAACUUGAUUUGUUUAUUUCAUGCCUCCACGGUCUCCUGUGAUAUAGAAGUGAGAAGAACUUCGACCAAUGACACAAUCAAUGCAUUUCAAGAUCAUUUAGCAAGCUUUGGGCCGAACCUCCCGGACAAGGGGCUUUAUGGAUAUGUCAUGGUUGUGGAGCCAGACAACGGAACAACAAAAUGCACCCAGUAUCAACCACACAUUCCACCAGCCAAUAUAUCAGAGAAAAUGACUUGGAUAGCCCUAAUGCAAAGAAAUGGAUGCAAAUUUGAUGAUAUGGUGUACAGUGCUCAGACUCUUGGCUAUGGAGCUGUGAUUGUGUAUAACUAUGAUGGAGAUGAUGAUAUCAUAUCAAUGGGAGGAGGCAAAGAUGCAGGAAGAGUGUCCAUUCCAUCAGUUUUCGUUGGAUUUACUGCAGGGAGUAUCAUAAAAAACAACUUUCAGUUUGAUGUCAAUAAAACGUUUUAUAUAAAGAUAGAAAAAGAUGAUUUUUUUGACAAGCCUUAUCUGAUCUGGCCCUUUGCUGUGGUUGUGGGCACGUGCUUCGUCCUAAUGCUUUUAUUUAUGCUGUUUAAGUGGAUUAGGGAUUGUCAAAAGAGGCGAAAAUCACGACUGUCAACAAAACACUUAAAAAAGAUUCCAGUUAAAAAGUUUAAGAAAGGGGAUAAUUAUGAGACGUGUGCGAUUUGCCUAGACGACUAUCAGAAUGGCGACAAACUAAGAGUUCUGCCCUGUGCCCACGCUUACCACUGUAAAUGUAUUGAUCCAUGGCUUACAAAGAGGAAGAAGACAUGUCCUGUAUGUAAGCGGAAGGUGAUCCCUGGAGCAAAUCCGGACUCCGAUUCCGAAUCCUCCGAGGAUGAGGGACCAAGCAACAGUGAACGCACACCAUUGCUGGCUGGGAAUAACAAUACACGUCGAUCCACAUUUGAUAAUUCUGGCCUGCCUGAAGUAGUGAGAACGGAGGUCCAGAGAGUACAAAUUAGACGACAAUCACAGUCUAGUAUCUCAGACUCAUCCGAGGAUGAAGUGGAUACCGUAGAGGCAGACAUAACCAUGGAAACCUCAUCUGAGGAGGAGGACAACAGGAUUCCUGAAGAGACAAGGGCUGGACCCUCUGGAAUUAACAAUGCAGCUUUCACAGGAGCAGAUUCAGCUUCUCAUACAUCUGUAGGAGUGGAUCCAACUUCUACAAGCCAGGUAGAGGUGGAGGUGGCAGUGAAACAGACAGGGGAGGAUAAAGCCCCCAAUCACAUUGUUUAGACGAGCCAUGUGACUUAUGUGUGUCAUGUGAUGUUUGAUUUUGAAUCUCUGAAAAAGGAGAUAUUAUCACUAGCUAUUACUUGAAUAUAAAGAGGCUUUUAAAAUUAUUCAUGCUCAGGUUACAAGAGUGCUAUAUGUUGACUUGUUUUUCAUGGUUGCUGGGCAUUACUUUUGAAUUUUUAGUGCUAUGUUAUUACUCUAUUAAGUAUAACUUAAUAUUUUUGUCAAAUCAGUUAAAUGUAUUCAAUUUAAAUAUGAAAAAAAAAUUAGAUAGAUUCAAAUGACAAAAAUAGAUAUAAGGACAGGUACAUGUAUUUUCAAUUGUGUGAAAUAUUUGGAGAGAAGAUAAAUACAUAUUAACAAUUUUUAAAAAUUGAGAAUUUGGUUGAUUACUGUAUUGUGCUGUUGUUCUAGUAAAUUUGGAUGGUUAAAUGGCGAUUUUUAUACGCCUGUCUUUAAAUGGCAAUUUUUCACUACUGGUUUAUUUAACAAUUGUGGUUAUGAUGACUGUUUACUAAUAAGGAUUUUUCCUGAUAUUGUAUUGGGUUAAAAUAGAUGGAAUUUUACAUAGAUGCUUGCAAUGAAAUUUUUGUCUUGUUUAAGAAUUAAAACAGCACUCUUCUGGAGCACACAAUGUUACAUGGUUAAUAAAAAAAUGCAGAACUUUCUUCAAGUGAAAGUUGAUCAAGAUUUUUUUUAUAUGGUCUGUUCCUGCUUGUUACAUUGCAUGUGAGGGAUGUAUAAAUAUUCUGCUACAGUUGAAUCAAUGCACUGUAAAUCACAUAUUUCAUUAGACUUUAACAUUGUAAUUAAACAAAAUUGCAUUUAUUUACGAGACAUAAUUUUAAACAUACUUCCACACAAUAUGUAAUACCGGUAAAAGUUAUUUCCCUUUUUACACAACUCAUUUUCAAUUCCAGUCAGUCUUUGCAUGAGGAUAAAGUUUCUUGUGCCUAAGAUAUGAUUUGUAAAGAAUUCAUCAAUGCUUAUGGAGUUUUGCUUGCUAAAUUCAUAUUAUGUCUUAUUUGGAAAAAUAAAGAGCAUGCUGAAGAAGCUCAAAUGUGUGUGUAUACUAAUAUGCAAGUAUACAUUUAUACCAUGAUCAGUGUGUGCAGAGAACAACCAGCACAAUUUAAAGGUUGCAUCCUUGUAUUAAUUCUGUAUUUUAUUUGAAGAUGCAUAUGUAUUGUAAAUAUAUUAUACAUGUGCCAUUUUAUAUAUGUAUAUAUUUCCAUUUCUAUUUGUUUUCUCUGUGAUAACUCUUUGAAAAUUAGGAGAGUUGAUUUCUUGAUCAUUCUAACGGAAUGCAAAUUUUGCCAAGCGAAAGGUCAGUAGCUAAGAAGGCAAAAUAUGCAUGUAAUUCUCGUGCGGCUGUCUUUGUGUCUGACUCUAAGGAGGCCUAAUAUGCAUGUAAUUCUCGUGCGGCUGUCUUUGUGUUUGACGUCAGUGGGCGGGGACUAUUGAAAUUGACAUGUGAGGCCUUGAGUAAUUUAAAUCUAUUAGUCUACAUUUUUAAAAUCUAAAUUUACAAUUUUAUUUCAAAAUGAAAUGGAAAUAUAAGGAAUCACUGUCUAGUUAGUAGAGUAUGCCAGGGACAUCGACGAUAGUUGGAAACGUUGAAUAAUUUACGCAUAACGGGCUUUGCCCGUUAUGCAAAUUAUCCCACGUUUCCAACUAUCGUUGAUGCCCUGGCAUACUCUACUAACUAGACAGUGAUUCCUUAAAUAAGACAUUUUUCUAUUGAUACUGUGAUAGAUUGGGCAGUUUCAGUUUCUGGAAAUGCCUUGGUCGACCAGAAAAUGAGAUCAAUGUAUUGUUUAUCUUCUGGGAUAUUCCAUUGUUUAUUAUAAAUUACUAGGUGUGUCUAGAGUGUAAUCCAAAAAGUACUUAAAAAUGUUUAACCUCUUAGUUUUCUUCCAAUUUAUUGGAUGGAAUGAAAACUUUACAGGUAAUCACUUGCCCUCAAAAAGUAUUUUCAGUUAUGAUAGUGGUUUUAUGUUUUCACCACCAGAACUUUUGGCAACUUCCAUUGUAGAAAUCAAUUGACAGACAAACUAUCAUGCUUCACUUCUGUGUCAUUUGUAUAAAUUUCAUAAUUCCCACUUUUAUAAUAUGCUCAUAAACAGAUUUUAUACAUUAUGUAUUUCAGUUGAACAUUUUGCUGCAUUACAGUGAAGCUGAAUCUUUGCUUUUUAAGAAAAAGAUUGAAAACCCAUGUCAUUGAUUUUAUGAUGUCAUAAAAGCAUUCACUCUGUUAUAAUGUGUAAAUGAUAAAAAGUCAAUAAAAAUCCCAAACCAGA